GGAUUUCCUUCGAAAAAAUGCAAUAAGAUCCAGUGGUGAUGGUGAGAAAUGGAUUAUUUUUAUUUUGGCAUUUCAUUUGGUUUGUGAUCAUCGUCUGAAGAAGGUGUUUGGAUCGUUAAUAAUCGCACUGAUAAGUGAUUGGCGAUAUGAAUUGGGAAGAUUUUCGUAAACAUGGCAAAGAAUUGGUUGAUUAUAUUGCCAAUUAUUUGAUGACCAUACGUACACGGCGUGUGUUUCCCGAUGUAAAACCUGGUUAUAUGAAAAAUUUACUACCCGAUUCGGCACCGAUUGAUGGCGAAAAUUGGAACGAUAUUUUCAGUGAUGUUGAACGUAUCAUUAUGCCCGGUAUCACUCAUUGGCAAUCACCAUAUAUGCAUGCAUAUUUUCCCGCUCUUAAUUGUCCGGCUUCAUUAUUGGGCGAUAUGUUGGCCAAUGCUAUCAAUGCAUUAGGUUUUACAUGGGCUUCAUGUCCAGCUUGUACGGAAUUGGAAAUUAUCGUCAUGGAUUGGCUUGGACAAAUGAUUGGUUUACCCGAUGAAUUUCUACAUAGCCAAUCAAAUGGUAACGGUGGUGGUGUAAUACAGACAACAGCAUCGGAAGCAACAUUCGUUGCAUUAUUAGCAGCUCGUACCGAAAUGAUUCGGCGAAUUAAAGAAGAAUUCGAUGAUGAUUCAUUGGAUGAUGCAUACAUUAAUAGCCGUUUAGUUGCCUAUUGUUCUGAUCAGGCACAUUCGUCAGUGGAAAAAGCCGGUCUUAUAGGUUUGGUUAAAAUGCAUUUUAUCGAAACGGAUGAUGAUUGUUCAUUACGUGGUGAUAAAUUAAUCGAUACAAUCCGUCAUGAUAAAGAAGAUGGUUUAAUCCCAUUUUUUCUAUGUGCUACACUUGGUACAACCGGUGCUUGUGCAUUCGAUAAUCUUAAAGAAUUAGGCCCAAUUGCAAAUGAAGAAAACAUAUGGAUACAUGUGGAUGCAGCAUAUGCUGGUACAGCAUUCAUUUGUCCCGAAUUUCGUACAUGGAUGAUCGGUAUCGAAAUGACACAAAGUAUUGCAUUCAAUCCAUCAAAAUGGAUGAUGGUUCAUUUUGAUUGUACGGCAAUGUGGGUGAAAAAUAGUGGAUCAUUACAUCGAACAUUUAAUGUUGAUCCUUUAUAUUUGAAACAUGAAAACACUGGUCUAGCUGUAGAUUUUAUGCAUUGGCAAAUCCCGUUAAGUAAACGAUUUCGUGCAUUAAAAUUAUGGUUUGUUAUACGUAAUUAUGGCGUGAAAGGAUUACAGAAUCACGUCCGUAAAGGUGUUCGUCUAGCGAUGGCAUUCGAAGAGCUAAUCAAAAUGGAUCAAAGAUUUGAAAUUCCAGCCAAACGUCAUCUUGGUAUGGUCGUAUUCCGUUUGAAAGGUCAUAAUCAAUUGACGGAAAUGUUAUUGAAAAAAUUAAAUUCUAGCGGCAAAUUACAUUGUGUACCGGCAUCAUUGAAAGGUACAUAUGUCAUCCGCUUUACGGUAACAUCGAACGCUACCGAAUUAUCUGACAUACAACGUGAUUGGUAUCUCAUUAAAGAGAUGGCAACAAUUGUAUUGAAAUCAUUUGCACCCGAACAUACGGGAUACAUUGGCACUUCUAUACGUGUGCCAUUGGGACAGAUUAAAAAGAAAUCACCAGCGUUCGGUACUAGUUUAUUACUAUCAAAUUGUCCACGUACACCAAAAAUUAUUAACGCUAGUUUUAUGGCCAUUUUCGAUAAUCAAGAUAUGGCCAAUGAUUAUGUAAAACAUUUUAAACAUAUGCAUGAUUCAAAUAGAAAUCAGCAAUCAGGACCAGCAUUACGACGUCGUAUAAAGGGUUUAAUGUUGACCGAUAAACAACAUAGUCUUGAUUCACGUAUCGAUCUUAUCGAUUCGAUUAUAGCAACGGUUGAUAAACAGAAUAUAAAUCGUUUAAAUAUGGAAACAAAAAUUAAAACACAUUCUGUUUCAUCAGCCGAUUCAAUACAGGAAAAUCAAAAUGAACCGGAUGAGAUGAGCAAAAGUCAAGAUGAAUUAAAUCGAAUUUGAUAGAUGAUGAUGAUGG